GGGAAAGCAGCAGAAAGAACGACCGUACACUUUUUUCAYAUCUGUCCCGGCAAAUAUGGCGGCAGAAGUGGCCGAAAUGGAUCUAGAUGACCCAAAUCAACCAACUGUGACCGAAGAAUUGCUGCAGAUCAUCGAGGAGUUUGCAGAGUACAUUGACAAGUUUAUGUUUGAAAUUGUCACAUUUUUGGCAGUUAUAGAUUCCUCGAUGGGACUUAUCAAAGAUGUCUUAGCAAUGUUUGGAUUUUCUGGAUGGAAAAUGACGUUUUUUCCAACUUUCUCAUUUGUUGUAACAAUUGGUGUGUUCUUGUUUGGAACUAAUAAGAGGAAAGGAAAGCGACAGGCAGAUGCUGCCGAAUUGGAGGGACUYGGGAAAGCUAUGGACAUGUUGAAUGACGUUCUAGAAGUUGUUGAUGAUGUUGUAGAUGAAGUGGAAAAAGUAGAGUGUGAAGCUGGUGGUUUAGGCCUUGGUGAUUAUAGCGACAGCGAUGAAGAUGACAAUGAAAACCCCACAAUUAAGGAGGGAGAAACCACUGAUGUUGUUGUGGAUAUUGAGGUUGCCCCGGGAGAAGAAGAGCCUGCUCAACAGGAAGCUGAAUCCCAACCACCUCCCAAAAGCUCAAUCGCAAAAGCCAUUGGAAUGAUUAUUAUGGUGGCUGGAAUUGUUGCUAAACUAAGCGGAAAAGGUAAAAAACAAGAAACAGACCYUCCAGAAAAUAACGACGAAGUUCUARYCGUUGGAAAUGCUAGUGAUGAAUCCCAAAAUAGUCCUGCGGGCCUAGUUACGGGUGCCCAAGGACCCCCUGCAGAUCCCAAAUCAAAAUUAAGUAGUGAUACCUGYACUUCAAAUAUGCCACAAGAUGACACUCUUGCAGCGAUAGCGACAGAUUUCAAGCAGGAAUCAAUUGAACUUGCUACAGCUGUAAAAGAUGAUAGUAUCCGAGCUGGUCAUAUUGCCCAUGAUAGCACUAUACAAGCAUUAGAAACUACAGGGGCACUCAAAGUKGGACAUGGUUUAUACAGAGAAGUAGACUUUAUAUCGAGUCACUUAAAAAAAGAAGGAACAGCUGCUGGUAAAUCGUUGGAAAAWGAAACAAUUGAAGUAGCCAGCCACGUAAUCGAAAAUAAAGUUGUCAAAGAAACUGGAAUUGAUAAACUAGGAGCUGGAGUUUUCAGGGAGGCUKCGUUUAUUUCUGGKCAUUUGAGUCAGGGAACGAAAAACCUCAUCAAAAACGAAGAACAGAAACUCGAGAGCGUACUUGGACAAUCCGUUCCUAUUGUAGGGUCUUCAUCAAGUGAAGCGCAGCGAGGAUAUAAUCGUCCAGUAACAGUMCACAAAGAUUCCUCGUCCAGUAUAGUUCAGGACAAAGACCAUCGCUCACUGACCAAGGAAACGACAAAUCAAAYAGAAAUUAAAUUACACAAGACAUCUUUGACAGCUAAAUCACAACAAUCAACCCCAAGUACACUAAAACACGACAUAACAUCAGGAAACACCGUAAACGCUGACGRUAGGAACCAAGUAUAUGAAAARUCAAAUCAGUUCACGUCUUCUGAAGCAAAUGGAGCUAWUAACGUGGUCAACAGCACGAAAUAUCUCUUUGAAUCUACAGGAGCGAUUGGACAUGGUUUAURCAAAGAAGCGGAUUUUAUUUAUGGUCAUGCCAAAAAGGAAGGAAUAGCCACUGGGAAGAAAAUAGAGAAAGAAACUGAGGACGCAGUCAACAGUUUGAAAGAAAGCCAAAUUGUCCAGGAAGCUGGAGCUGAUAAACUACUUACAGGAGCCUACCGGGAAGCAUCUUCUGUGGAAGGACKUUUCAGUGAGGAAGCGAAAAAAGUGAUCAAGUCUGAGACGCAAAAUCUCGAUCAUUUGUUUUUACCAGGUCCUAGCCGCGGUGUAAUAUUGGGAACACGAGAUACCGACAAGCGCCAAGACGAAAUAGCUAAUCAAAAUCAAAUUACUACAACUGAUAACAAUUCCGCAAGUGRCAUUCCUGAACACAUUUCAAGUGAACCUCAACUCGUUGACAUGGCGGCUAACGUUAUGGAAGGAGCUAUYGGGACGGCUGGAUCCCUUGCUUCAGAAGCCAAGAAUAUUGAUAAAAAAGCAAAACAAGGUCUUCAACAGACGCAGAAAAAAUCCAAAGGUCUUUUGCCCAUAGUUAUGAGACUAAUAAGACUGAUUAUGAGGGUCGCCGGUAAGGGUAAAAAAUCGGCAGCAAAUUCACAAGCUUCGUCUCGCCCAGCAAGCUCCGCCACUAAUCCAGGUCAGGAGGAGCCCGCUAAGGGUCAGAGAACUGCAGACGGAGGAGGUGAUGCUACRCAAUUUGCAAGUGCGGCAGCRUCUGCAGCCAUGGGUGCGGCUGGGGGAGGCGGUGGUAAAGGAGGACAGAUAGGUGCAAUUGUUGGGGUUAUAGUGAGACUAGUUCGCUUAGCAAGUAAACUCAAAGGAGGCCAAAAAGGCGCCCCGCCCACUGAAAUCAACAACUCCAAACAAUCGAUUGAUGAAGAGUCUGAUGACGAGUUUUUUGAUUGUGGAGAGGAUUUUUAUACAACGGAAAUUGAAACUCAAACCGAUGAGAUGGAUCUGUUGUCAGUUGCCACGCAAACACCGAUUUUUGAACGCAGACCARUGAUCGAUGAAAGUCUAGAUGCAGCUGAUACGACUGAUAUCCUCAAUGAGGAAAGUUUAUCCAAAGAACUUAAAAGUAUUGCAUUUGAACUCCAGUCUGUUGCUUGUGAAAAUGCUACUGCUUCAUUGAAUGGUCUGGCUGACCGAUUACGAGCAAUAGGUACAGACCRAACACCUCUUCUUGUAGCUAAAGAGGGACAGGAUACAGAUAACAAACUUGAUUCAAUUGAUUAUGAUAAAGAAAAACAUAAAAUAAAACUGAAUAAAGAGGAAAAUGACAGACAAAUACCCGCCAAACGAAUCACUAUGGAUCCAUCAAAUAGGAUCACAUUACAAAUACUACCCAGCCCAAUACUGGGCGGUGGACGGACUGAAGGAUCAAUACUAAUUGACAUUGGUGGAUCGGCGAUUGURCGCGCGACCCCAGAACCAAUACCAGAGAAAUCUGAAUGUGUAAUCACAGAAAAUCAAAGCACAUCAAAGAAGCAAGAGGAAUCUAAGUCAAGAACUUGUGAGAAUUUAUCACAAAGAGAACGCAUCGAAUCCCCGGUGUAUAGACGGGAAAGCAACAAUAAGCAARCCCAAUCGCCUUGGGCUAGUCCAACAUCUUCGACUAGUAGAGUCACAUCGACAAGUCUAAUCGACACUUCAAGAACUUUUCAAAAUCCACAUGAAUUAAAAGUUGACAUACAUACGCCUAGAGGCUUCUCACCAGAGUCAGAACAGAUCYCCAAUAACAAAUCGCCUAGUAGCCCCUCUAACUAUAAAGGCAUAUCGCCGCAAGUUCUCAGCACGCGAACUAAGUCAAGAAAUGAAGAAAAACAACAUGGAGAUCGUACGUACAGUGARGGUAGAUMUCAUCGAACUUUCUCUAGUGAAGAUAGUAUCAAUGUUACGGUGAACCCUCUAGURGRGUAUGACAGCUCGUCAGACGAUCUAUCUCAAGAGGACUCGGUUUAUCGUCGACCUUCCGUUGUUCGUUUUGAAGAUGAGUCUAGAAAUGACAAGCCUCUUAAGUCUGCCAUGAAACAAAGAGGUGAGGCUUAUCAAGAUACACGCCAAUACCAAAGUUAUCAGGAUAAAGACGAUAUGCCAUCGACAUCGAACAACCAAUCAAAAAGAACCCCAAGAGAGGACAUUGAAAGAUCGGUCAGCGGAAUAUCGUCGGAAACUACACGUCUUUCCUUAAUACAAACAGUCGCUAACGAAACUAUUGGUUUAGAACUAUCAGAACCCAGUAGCAGUCGGAUGAGUUAUUCUGCUGACGAUGAAAGUGAAAGCCGCGAAAGUUUAUGUUAAAUUUCUAAAUCUAUUGAUGCGCAGUUGGUAAGAGUGAGGAGUUCUCAAGCUGCUUUACUUUUCUCUAAAGAUUUUAUACAAAAAACGAUUCAGUUUCAUGGUAAUUGAAUCCUUACGUGACUUUGGAUAUCAUGGUGAUGAGAUUUGUGGUUCACUUUAGUAAAAAAGCAGGAUACUGAAGAAACUGUAAAGAUAGASGCAAAGCGCGCUGUGUUUCAGUAUAAGAUUUACAAGAUCGUCCUAUGAAGUUCUUGGUGUCUAUGUUUAUCAGAUCAAAAUAUCAGUAUAUCAAGGCUGAAAGUGAGUUAUAUUUGUGCUGAGAACAAAAAAGAGUUUAAAAAGUACUGGCUAUACUACUGUUGUACAACAAGAUAUUUUAUGACGAUUGGUGGCUCGAGAAAAACUUUCUUUGUCCACACAGCUUGUCAUCUUAAUGCAGAAAUCUGAAGGAAAUACAGGAAUAUUUGAAAUUGACUGAAUACACACAACUAAAAUUAAAAAWUCUAGUCUGAAUAUGAUUCAAAGUCAUCCACUGAGGGGAUAGCCAGGCAUUUCUUUUAUCUUUAAAGCUAAAUUGUGUUAUAUUAUCUCUCAUUAAUGUAAGAUUCAGAAUGAUCUAUGAUUUUUUUCCCCACCAUACUAACUAUGUGCCGACCAAAGCGCGCGAUUCUGUUAACAUCCGUUCCCACCCCUCCCCCAUACGGGGUGAUGUGUGUUCUUUACCUGAGUGUCAGUAGUGCAACGAAAAUCAAGGCAAAAGCAGAGAUCUGAACAUCAACACCRCAACUGGAAUCUAAAUAACAAAAGAACUGUAUAAAUCAUAAUGAUUCUCAA